UGGUUAUAACCCAUAGGUUCUAUGUUUUCUGUCCCUCUUUCCUGCGCGCCGGGGGGACCAGAGCGUUUUGCGCAGUCUUUACGCGAGGCUGAAAUGCGGAGAAACGCGGAGAUGCGCCCCUUGGACUCACUUCACUGAUGGUCGUGAGCUCCCAUCAUAGGCCCUAUUCUCUGAUCAGUGGAGCUAGUUCCUCCUAUGAAAAUGGUCCGCUGAGGUGUAGUUUCAGACCGACGGAGGGUUUUUUCAGCGGAAAAGGUCAAGACUGUGUUUUGAAAGCAAAAAUGAAGAUUUGGAGCACCGAGCAUGUUUUCAGUUACCCGUGGGAGACCGUGAUCAAAGCUGCCAUGAGGAAGUACCCCAACCCCAUGAACCCUAACGUGGUCGGGGUGGACGUGCUGGACCGCAGCCUGGACGCUGAGGGACGUCUGCACAGCCACAGACUCCUCAGCACAGAGUGGGGGCUACCAGGCAUCGUACGAGCGAUACUAGGGACCAACCAGACACAGACCUAUGUGAAGGAGCAUUCCAUAGUCGACCCAGAGGAGAAAAAGAUGGAGUUGUGCUCAACAAAUAUUACUCUCACCAACCUCAUAUCAGUUGAUGAGAGGCUUCUAUACCGACCACACCCAGACAACCCUGAGGUUACUAUCCUGACCCAGGAGGCCAUCAUUACGGUCAAGGGAGUCAGUCUUAGCAGUUACCUGGAAGGGAUGAUGGCCAGGAGAAUGUCAGCUAAUGCCAGAAAGGGUUGGGAUGCUAUUGAGUGGAUUAUUCAGAACUCUGAAAGAGAGAACGUACCUCUCUGUGACAUUUACUAACUCUGGGCUGCAGCUCGACAGUGACGACUACUUUCCCUGGCAACACCUCAUAAACCACUAGGGAUCCUCAGCAUCUUGGGAUCCUCUGCAGCUGGUAAUUCAAGGGUCUGGGAGGUUUUGUGGAUUUUCACCCCCACACUCCGUCUCUCACCUGUAGAGUACAGGCACUGGAAGCUCAGACGAACAGUCAAAUGCUGCCAAAGCUGAAUGGUUGUAAGGAAGAAUGAGACCGAAAGCAUGUUAGAGUCGGAUUUAAAGGUUGUGGUCGGUGUGACUCAGUACUCAUUAACCCAUUAACAGCCAUUCUAAUUAAGGCAACUGAGGAGACCAAGACAGUUUCUUUCAGUGUGUUUGACACUCUGCUGCCGAAUGACCACAAGGGUUUAAAAGUCAUGUGUGCUGCCGUGAAGUUUACCUUCCAUAAUGAAUUGCAUCAAUUUUAUGAGCAUACCAAACUUCACUGGUUUGAAUAUUGCGUCACUACCCCACAUUUACUUUGAUUGAGCUAUUGUCAUAGCUUCAGUUUAGAUGCACAAGAAGGAUGUAAUAGGGAGACAGACAAAUCGUUUUGUUUUGUUUUUUGGAAAACAAGGUAGGGUACAAUAUAAUAUGCAACAGACUUCAUAACUUUAUUUUACCUGAUGUACUUCUUCUGUAAUAUCAAACACAGGAGACUCCUGUACUAGGAGUUAAAAACAGAGAGUUGUUACUGGUGCUUAUUAUGUGUUUCAAGAGGCACAAACUGUAGAUGAUAUGUUUGCAUGAUAGUAGUAAAAAAGGGAGGGGGGGGCUUAUUUAAAAAAAAAAAAGAGUAGUGUGGUAGCUAGCUUAAGAUGGGAAUGUACCAUUAACAUUGCCUUCUUUUUCUGCUGCGAAUGCAUCAAUACACAGGCACCUUUUUUGAUGUGAAAUGGAUGGGUAGUAAGGCCUUAAACCAGCAGAUUUGUAAUUGGGUUCAUGAGGAAGAUGAAGAUGACGUACAUACUUCUGUGAUCCGUGUAGUAAAGAUUGACUGUCUUUGUGGGCAGAAUUACCCAUUUAUAUGGCCUUAAAUCGAUGCCUGUGUAUGAUUGCUUUGGCAGCGGUAUCAUGCCUUUGCCAGUCAUACACAUCAUGCUGCCAUUGUUGAAGUACUCUAUUAAAACUACCUGUAUGCCCCUGAGGAGCAGGGCUGUAUUGUAUGUGCAAUGCUGCAGUGGGAGAUAUAACGAUGACUCGUGCUAAAUCAAAUAUGCUCAAUUUUCUUGCUAAAAUGAAUAAUAUUUGCAUAAUAUUUGUAUAAAUAUUAUUUAUUUAAAAACUGUACAUUGCAUAAC